AUGUCAAAACCCGAUCCAGCUCCGAAUCGAAAAUGGACGAACCCAGUAAUGAUGACGGCGUGCGAGAUACACUGCCCAUCAACAUGUGUUGCUUUGGGGCCAGUUCUCACCAAUUCCGAUUCAAAGUUGAUUUGUGCACAUGGCGGAAAUAGAGGCAUGAAUCUGCGGUUGACAGUGUUUUCAGGAUUAUCACAGGAGAUGGAGGCCACAUUGGCAGAUCCACCAACUCAGAUUAUGCAUUUUGUAAACGAAAAGUCAACAAUGCCAAAUAUUGCUGUUGCAGCAGGACCAUCGUUCACCGUGCCCACUUCUCCUAUCAAUCCAACUGAGGAAGAAGCUUGGAAAGCUGUUGCCUUGGGAAAAAUCAAUCAUAAUACUCUGAUGAAAGUGCUCCAGAAGGUCACUGAAGAUGUGGCAUUCUCAAAGUUGACUCCGAUCUCUCAAACGUAUAUGUUGUCUGAUAAAGAGGAUCAGCUUGCAUUGAUUGAAAAAUGGGGAGGCAAAAUUACGAAUUGUCCAACAAUCACGUGUAUCACAAAAAUUCUCAAAUCCAAAGCUGAGGGAUUGGAUAUUAUGGUGAUUGCAACAGAACACUGUGACAUUUUCUUUCUUGAUUCUCAAGCAUUUACAACACUUCAUCAUUUCAAACUUCCUUCUGUCCCAGUCGUUAUUCGUGGUUACGGAGAGUUCGACGUGGAUUGGCGUCUGUUUGUUCAAACUCGCGAUUCGUUGAUUUACAACCUUAAAAGAGAUACGACCGAAUUGAGGCCAGCCAUCAUCUGUCAAAGUAUGAUCACUUCUUUGAUUCUAUUGAACAAAUUUCUGGUCUACACUACUAAUGAUAACAUUAUUACGUUCUCCAGUUUCAGAGGCAAGAAAAUCAAUACUGUUAAGUGCACUGAGAAGAUAAAAAUGCUAGAACCAUUCUUCUAUGAGCACAAGCAACUUUCUGCGGUUAUUGCUGUCUUUGAGAAAAAGAUUCGAAUGUAUAAUGAAACUCAUUUAUUGGAUACGGUAGAAUACCAGAAGCCAUUGAACUGGGUUAGAUAUGGGAUGUAUGGAAGAGAGGAUAGUACACUCGUGGUUUGUUUCAAAGACGGCACGAUUGCUAUUCAAAUAUUCCGUCGAAACGCGGAUUUCCGUAGUAGAACGAACUAUAAUGAGGCCCCCGCAUCUCAUGCAUUGAAGCUUCAGAUCCCAAAGAAAACCAAAGUUUUUAUUGAUAACACAGAACGAGAGAAGAAGUUAGGAGUCAAAAUCCACCAGGCAUACCAAAAACACCUGUUCAACUUGCGAUUCAAAAUAGCUGAAUCUUACCAAACUCUAACCGCUAGCGCCAUAACUACAGUAUCCACAACUUCAGUACUUCCAGUGGAGAUUGCAGUGGAUAUCAAUGGGUUUGGUCCAAGGCACAGGAUGAGUAUUCGAUUGUUGUCAUCGAGCAAACAAAACCUAUACGAUAUGCAUUUAUCUAUGAUUUCUGACAUUGAUGUCUAUGAAUUCGACACUCCUUUAAUUCCAAUCAGUAUUCUGGCUUCCGGAAAACCGUACACAUUCACCACACUUCUUCGAUGCAAGGAUCCGGAAAAGUCAGCCACCAGCGAGGUCCGUGCUCUCCUAGUCCAUACCAAACGGGCGACCCCAAUUGUGACUGCUGUUAUUAAGAUGCCAUUCAGUGAAUUCGCACUUGAGUAG